AUGCGACCCUCGGCCCAGCGUCCAUCAAACCUCCCCCCUUCGAUCCAUCGCUCGGCCCCUUUGGAAGAAAGGCGAAGCAGUAUCGGCAUCGCGCUCGUCACCGCCAUCAUCGCCAUCAUCGCCAUCAUCGUCAUCAUCGCCAUGGCUGCCCCCCUCGCCGGAUACACGUUCGAGCACUUCCUCGUCACGAGCCCGCACCCGUACGUGGCCCAUCUCGAAAUCAACCGGCCAAGGAAGCUCAAUGCCUUUUCGCCCGCCGUCUGGCAAGAGUACGGGGCGGCGUUCCGGCAGCUCAGCGCCGAUCCGGCCGUGCGGGUCGUCGUGCUGACGGGCGCCGGCGACCGCGCCUUCUCGGCCGGGCUUGAUGUUCAGGAAGGGUCCUUGACGGCCGUCAUCAGCGAGGCGGCCGCCGACGCUGCGCGCAAGGCCACGACUCUCCGCCGCUACAUUGAGGAGUUCCAAUCGUGCAUCGGAGAGAUGGAACGAUGUGAAAAACCCGUCAUCUGCGUGCUCCACGGCGUGAGCCUCGGCCUCGCCAUCGACAUAUCCUGCUGCGCCGACAUCCGGCUCUGCGCCGCCGACACGCGCUUCUCCGUCAAGGAAGUCGACAUCGGCCUCGCCGCCGACAUCGGCACGCUCGCGCGGCUGCCCAAGAUUGUCGGCUCGACGUCGUGGGUCAAGGACGUGUGCCUGUCGGCGCGCGACUUUGGCGCGCAGGAGGCACUCUCCGUCGGCUUCGUCAGCCAGGUGCACGAGGACAAGGCGCGGGCGGUCGGGGCCGCGCUGGCCAUGGCCAAGAAGCUGGCGGACAAGAGCCCCGUGGCGGUGCAGGGGACCAAAGAGCUGCUCAACUACGGGCGCGAGCACGGCACGGCCGACAGCUUGCGGUACACGCAGGUGUGGAACUCGGCGGCGCUGCAAGCGCAGGACGUGCCGGCAGCGUUGAUGAGCAUGUUCCAGAAGAAGACGCCGACGUUUGAGAAGCUAUAA